AUGCACUUCCAGUUGCUUACGGAACUUCUCAUGUGGCAUUGGUUCAUAGAGCCAAUCAUAAGUCUGAUGAGGGCAUCGUCGGACAAAGGAGCAGAAGAAUCGGCGACAGAAGAAGAGGAAAGAUAUGAAGGGUAUGAGUUGCAACCGGAGGAAAUGCGCAUAAAACUAAGAUGUUUACAGUUAGGGAUAAAGUUCUGGCCACCAGGAAGAAGAGACGCUGAAUUCGGUGGUAGUUUUCACAUAGGUCGUGGGGAGCAUCCGAAGGUUAAACGACAAGCAGGACAUCCAUGUUUUUCUAUUUUAACAAGGAUAGGUGUUUUUAGAGGAAGAGAGAACCACAUAGAUUAUCCUGUUUAUCGGGCCAGGUAG